AGACGGUAGUAUCUCAAUACUGAGCCACUUGCAGUGUCUUUCUCUCUGUUGUUUUCACAAUUUUAUUCGGAAUUUUGAAUAGUAAGAGGAUGGCUGAGUUUGAUACACCACGUGCACUACUGAAAAAAAAGUUGAAAAACAAAAUCAAAUUAGCAGAACAGUCUUGUACACCUCUGAGAAAGAAGAAGAAAGAUAAAGCCAAAUUAAAUACUCCUGAAAAAACAUCAGUUUCGCCUUACCUGCGACAUGUUCAUAAUAAACAGUCCUAUACACCAGUAAAAAAAAGGACAAACAACAAAGCCGGAUCAAGUACUCCCAUACAAAUACCAGCUUCACCUUUUCUGGAACAGAUAGGCUAUGGUACUGGAGUCGGAAUAUACAAGUUUGAAAGAUCUUCCAAAGCAGACUCUCAAGUACUCACCCCAUGGGCAGUAAAAAAAUUGCUAAACGGAAGGAGCGAGACAAUUAUAGAUGAACGUCUUCAUUUUGAAGCCGAGAUCCUACGACAGUUGGAUCAUCCCAACGUCAUUGGUUUCAGAGCGUUCAUCAAAGGAGUAGAUGGAAAACCUUGCUUAGCUAUGGAAGCACUGGAUACAUCACUUGGUGACAAAAUUGAGGAGAGACGGGAGGAGAGCUUUGGGAAGAAACCAUUCUCACCCGAGAGUAUCAUGAGAGUCGGUUUUGAAACUAUAAAAGGUGUUGAGUAUUUACAUCAUAAUGUACACAUAUUACAUGGAGAUAUCAAAAGUUGGAACAUUUUGGUGACCCAUGAUCUCAACACGAUUAAACUAGGUGACUUUGGAAAUUCUUUACCCUUGACAAAAUCCUUAAAACUGGAUACGUCGAAGGGUGAUUUUUCUUAUGUUGGAACACGGCCUUGGAAUCCUCCUGAGAUUAUAUUUGAAAAUGGACCAGUGACAGGUGCUGCUGAUAUUUGGUCAUAUGGCCUUGUCCUUUGGGAAAUGUUAACUUUAUCAUCACCUCACUGUAAAGAUUUAAGCGAUGAAUUUAGUAGCGAUGAAUCUAGUAACGAUGAAUCUAGUAGCGAUAAAUCUGAAGCUAGCAUGAACAAAAGUGAGACUUUUAGAAAGAGGGAAAAGUACUCUGAAUUUGGUACACGUCCAGCAGUAUCUAAUAUUGAUUUGGGCAAAGAUUAUGAAAGGGUAUUGGAAAUAUUUUUUGCAUGUACCACAAAUUGUUACCUAUUGAGACCCCGUGCAAAAGCACUAGUAAACUACUACAAAAAGUACAUAAAUAUUAAC